UCCCCGAGUGAGCGCCGGUGGCGGGGCGGGAAGCCGGGCAGGCAGCCUCAGGUGGGGCUGCUGGCAGCGAGGGACCCAGCCCGGGAGCCCCCCAGGAUGCCCCGCGGAGACUCGGAGCAGGUGCGCUACUGCGCGCGCCUCUCCUAUCUCUGGCUCAAGUUCUCGCUCGUCAUCUACUCCACGGUGUUCUGGCUGAUCGGGGGCCUGGUCCUGUCAGUGGGGGUCUAUGCAGAGGUCGAGAGGCAGAAAUACAAAACCCUGGAAAGUGCGUUUCUGGCCCCGGCCAUCAUCCUCAUCCUCCUGGGGGUUGUCAUGUUCAUCGUGUCCUUCAUCGGCGUGCUGGCUUCCCUUCGCGACAACCUGUGCCUUCUCCAAGCGUUUAUGUACAUCCUUGGGAUUUGCCUCAUAAUCGAGCUCAUUGGUGGCGUGGUGGCCUUGAUCUUCCGGAACCAGACCAUCGACUUUCUGAAUGACAACAUUCGAAGAGGAAUCGAGAACUACUAUGACGAUCUGGACUUCAAAAACAUCAUGGACUUUGUUCAGAAGGAGAUGGGUCCCAUAUGGGCAGGGCUGUGGUGCUUUUGCUCCCCCUUGUCUCUCUGGCACACAGAACAAUGCCCGGCACACACCAGCAUCUCAGUGGAUUUAAGUGCUGUGGCGGAGAAGACUACCGAGAUUGGAGCAAAAACCAGUACCACGACUGCAAUGCCCCCGGACCCCUGGCCUGCGGGGUGCCCUACACCUGCUGCUUCAGAAACACGACAGAAGUUGUCAACACCAUGUGUGGCUACAGAACUAUUGACAAGGAGGGAACGGUACCGCCUGCUGAGACCCAGUGACCUAGAGCCACCUUCUCAUCACAUUGUGUACGAGAAACUGAGGCCCAGAGAGGCUGAGGGACUCGCCUGGACCUGGGGUGAGUGGCAGAGUUGGGACCAGGGCUCCCAGGCGAGUGCUCAGCCAGACUCCUCCCCGGCAGCGCCUCAGCGUGCAGAAUGUCAUCUACGUGCGGGGCUGCACCAACGCCGUGCUCAUCUGGUUCAUGGACAACUACACCAUCAUGGCGGGCCUCCUGCUAGGCAUCCUGCUCCCUCAGUUCCUGGGGGUGCUGCUGACAUUCCUGUACAUCACCCGGGUGGAGGACAUCAUCAUGGAGCACUCUGUCACCGAUGGACUCCUGGGCCCUGGCACCAAACCCAGCGUGGAGGCAGCAGGCACGGGGUGCUGCAUGUGCUAUCCCAAUUAGGGCCGUGGCCUGGGGCGGCAGCUCCAGAAGGACCGUGACAGGACAGCUCUGCCCAGGCCACGUCGUGCGGGCCAGAUAGGACUGUGGCCCCUCUCUCCACAUUCGGCACUGACCAAAGCCCCGGCUGUGUUUGCUCAGGGCUCCCAGGCCGCCGCCUGUCUGGUGGGUGGAGCCCCUCCCCAGCGGCGGAAUUCUGUGCGUGCCCACCCUGCUGGGCGUGGGGAACAGGGCACCCCUCCUCCAGGCUCCGGCUGCUGGGGAAAGGGGAGCUUGGCGCGGGGCUCCAGACCCAUUUCAUUUCUGGUAGUGCCUUGGCCUUGGUGUUUGUGCCCCUUUGAGGGCAGUUUUGUAGUGAUUUGUAAUCAGGGAGGGAGGAGAGCCUGUGUGCCCCGAGGUGAAGGAGCAGAGGGGAGGGGUGCAGCCCCCAGGCCCCAGUCCUUCGGCCUCACCCCUGAGGCCACGUUGGGCCCGUUUCUCAGCCUCCCGGGUACCUUGAGCCCUCCACAGGGCUGCUGCUUUGUUGAUCCUGUUUUGUACCUGAUUUUUAUAACAUUCAUUUUGUACACAGUUAACAGGAGUUUCCGACUAAUCAAAGCUAGCUGUUCCCCCCAUUCCUCUUCCCCCACCAAGCCAGUUUAUUAAUCAGACAAUAAAGACAUGAUUUUUUUUAUUUUCUGGUUUUUUGUUUGUGCUGUUUGGGUUGAGAGUGAGGAAGACCUCCAGUUGGGCUUGGAAACCCCUUGUUGGUGCAAAGAUCGAAGGGGAGGCACCCUGAGGCCAAGAUUUGGGACAGUUUGGGACACUUGAGGCCCAGGAGGAUCAACCGAGGCUGCCUGUUCCCGGCUUGGAAUGGCCUCUCUCAUCCUUUGGUUUGUGGGCUGGGCCUGGAGCCUCCUGUGCCCAUCCUUCCUGCCAGGAAUUCACUUGCGGGAAACCUCAGGGAAAGAGGCAGAGAUGACAACCUGUUUUACAGACUGGGAAACUGAGGCCAAGCCACAGUGGCAUGAGUCUUCUCUUCGGGGAAGUGGGGCAGAUGGGAACUAGGAAAGUCAGGGGUCCGGGAAGGAGCAGUGCCCACAGAUCCACCCUCGACCUUUGGGCUAUAGAACUGGAGUGACUCUCGGACUGUAAACAGCCCAUUGUUCCAGGGCCUGGGGUGGGGCUGGACGGUGCUCACUGCAUAGCAAAGGUUGGUGCUGGUCGCCCCCUGCUGGAGACGGCAGGACCUGCGUGGAUCAGUCCACCCAAGCCUUCCUGCCCCAAGACUUGAGUUCUAGAUUUGCUGUGAGGUUCUUAGUAGCCAGGGCAAUAGAAAUAAACAGCAUGAGCCCCAAACCUGAAGAAUUCAAUUUAAGAGUGUUAAAGGAACUGCCCAUCACACCCACAAGAGGUAGGAUGCCUGGUUGGCCAUAUGUACAAGCCUGCAUUGUCUGAUGUGUAGGAAAGGGCAGAAGAGGGAUUUUUUUUUUUUUUUAAAGGAUAGAAUAAUGCAACAAUAGCAAGCACAUCAGUGAGCACACUCUGUCUCAGGAACUUGUCUAAACAUAGAUAUUAACUCCUUUAAUCCUUACAACUGUAUGUGGUAAAUCCUGUUAUCUCCAUGUUAUUGAUGGAGAAACUGAGGCAUAUUGUGGUUAAGUAACUUGCCCAAAGCACACGGCUGGUAAGUGACAAAGCCAUGAUGUGAACCUGGGUAGAAUCUCCCUGGCAUGCGGCCCCUCUGCUCUACUGAUUCUGUUGCCUCGUAUGGACACAUGAUACUAAGCGUGCAAAACCUGGGAUGGCUGUUACUGUAGCUGUCCCCAUGGGGUGGCCAUUGAAGCCGCUGCUGGAGCCUCUGCCUGGUCCCCAUUUUGACCAAUGCAUUCAAGGCCAGGUCAGACUCUGUGUCUGGCUGGUGCCCUCGUGGCACUCUGGCUCUGGCUGUUCUCUGAGGAUCCUCUCUGUGCUCAGAGGGUGUGGCAGCUGCCUUUGGGACAGCAAGAUGGCAGAGGCACCGAAGGGGUUGGGACUGCACUGAGUCUGCUUAUCCAAAGUCACAUUACCCUGGAAACUGGAAACCUCUGGUCACCUUGUCCUCCCUCUUCUCACCACCACUCACCAACACCCCUCUACCUCCCACUGCUGCUUCUGUGCACCAGGGAUCACGGGUUGGUGCCCACAGGUGGCUGAGUGCCGUGGACACUUAGCUCUUCUUUCUUUUUUUUUCCAAACCUCAGCCACUCACCUCUCCGGAAAACAAACGGAACCCAUGGAGAGGCCUUUCUCAGUCCUGCGGUUGGGAUGCCCCUGCUUUGCACCCUUUGUGCUUCAAAAGCAGUUACAUCAUCCUGACCCCUUGUCACACAAGGAUGGGAGAAUGACCCUCAAAGUGAGUCAUUUUCCCUCACCGUGGCACACACAGAAAAUGAUGAUAUCAGUGCAGCCCACAAUAUUUGUGAAGCUGGGGGAGAUUUGUAGGCUUUGAUUUUGGACUUUUUUGGUUCUAAUAUAUUUAUAAGAAAAACAAUAAAAUGCAUUAAGGAAGACUGGGUUAGUAUAAAAAUUCCAAAUAGUAUUCUCCAAACUUCUUUUUAACAGUAUAUUGAGGUAUAUUCAACCUAAAAUAAACCACACAUAUUUAACGUGACAAAUAUAUCACUAGUCAAACCAUCAUCACGAUUGAGAUAAUGAACAACCCCACCAUGCUAAAGAAAUUUCCUCUUGCCCCUUGGGGAGUCCUUCUUUAUAGCCCUUCUCACCACCCACUAACCCAUCUCCAGGUGACCAUGGAUCUGCUUUCUAUAUAUAUUAUAUUUUCCAAAAUUUUAUGUAAGUGGAUUCAUACAGCAUGGACUCUUCUUUUUGUCUGCCGUUUUUUGCUUAACAUAAUUAUUUUGAGUUUCAUUCAUUUCCUAGCCCAGAUCGGUAGUCCAUUCCUUUGUAUU